AUGCUCCUAACCAACACCCUCACCCUCUUCGCCACCCUCCUAACCACCUUCUCCACCCUCACAACCUCCACCCAACACCACUACAACGGUCCCAAAAACCCCUCCGAAUUCCGCAAACACUGUCCUUACACCCCUCACCACAACUCCCGUCGCAAGAUCUACAUUCGCCCCUCGCGCAACGCCAAAGACGACAUCUCCGUCGACCUCCUGCGUGGUCUCAAGCAGGCAAACCACGGCGGCACCCUCGUGUUACCAAAAGGUCAAACCUUUGUCAUCGGCAAGAAACUCGAUCUCACGUUCCUCAACAAUGUGGAGCUCAAUCUCGAGGGUGAGAUCUUGUUUACGGAUGAUAUCAAGUACUGGCAGAGUAACUACUAUUACCAUCCGUUCCAGAAGAGUAUUAGUUAUUGGAAGUGGGGCGGGAAGGAUAUUCGGAUCUGGGGGAAUGGCACGUUGAAUGGGAAUGGACAGGCUUGGUAUGAUGGGUUUGCUGGGUUGGAGAUUUUGGAUCCGAAUAAUACUUAUCUGAGACCGAAUUUGUUUUAUGCUGAGAAUGCAACGAAUUUGUAUAUCGAGGGCAUAAGAUUCAAGAAUUCAGCAUGUUGGACGAAUUUCGUGGUUACUUCCAAGAACGUCGUCUACGACAACGUGAUCAUUGAGAAUGUAUCCUCCAACAAAAACCUCCCCAAAAACACCGACGGCUGGGACUCCUACAACGUCGAUGGUCUCACCGUACGUAACGCCUGGGUCAACAUCGGCGACGACUGUUUCAGUCCUAAACCGAAUACCUCCAACAUCCUCGUCGAGAAUCUGUACUGUAAUGGCACGCAUGGCGUGAGUAUGGGGAGUAUCGGUCAGUAUGCGGGAGUUAAGGAUUAUAUCUAUAAUGCGUGGAUUGAGAAUGUAAUUAUGUUGAAUGCGCAGAAUGGCGCGAGACUUAAGGGAUGGGCAGGCCCGAAUGUCGGAUAUGGAUAUAUCCAAAACGUCACUUUCAAGAACUUCUACAACUAUAACGUUGACUGGCCAAUCGUACUCGACGCUUGUUACUUCAACGUCAACGCCUCAACAUGCGCCGCCUACCCCUCCCGCGUCGACAUGAAAGACAUCCACUUCCAGAACUUCACCGGGUCCAGCAGCGGCGUGAACGGACGCAAAGUAGCAAAGUUGACGUGCUCGCCCAACGCCGUGUGUUCGAAUAUCAAACUCGAUGAUAUCGAUCUUACGAGUCCGAAGGGGAGUCCGCCUGUGAUUGUGUGUGAUGGGAUUCAGGGGUCUGUGGGGGUUGCUUGUGUGCCGGGAAAUACGACGGGGAUUUAG